AUGUCGAGUGCAACGACAACUCUGCAGUUAGCAGAACGACCUGAUGUUCACAAAUCAUGUCGCUCUAUCGAAUCACUCGUAAAUGUACUCAACGAUUACUGUGAAGCUGCGGGCGCAAUCGUCGCUUUACAGAAAAAGUUAGUUAAAGCCCUCAGGGAUACUGCAGGACUCAAGACAACGAGCGAUGUCGCUGCGAAUGCCUUAACCGCGAGUGCAAAUAUAUUCGAUGCACUUGCCGAAGUCGACAGCAAAUUCGCGAAAUUUGCAGAUAAAGAGUGUGACAAUAUUAGCUCUGAGGUUAAGAAAUGGUUCAAAAAGCUUAGCAAAGACGAGAGGACUCACGACGAUCGAAUGAGCGACGCUAAUGCUCGUAUCAAACACGCUGGUCAAAUAUAUGAGAAGAAAUCUAAGAAGAGUGCACGUGAUGCAAGUGAAGAACACGCUCGCUACAUUAAACUCCUCAGCCUACUUGGCCCGGAAAUGUCUCAAGAGAAACACAAUCACGCCUUGCUUGUUACACAGCGGCACACAUCCACAACGUACAGUGUAGCUGCUUGUCUCUCACGGGUUGCUGAUGCAGAAUGGCUUCGAACCUGUGAACACGUCCGCCGAUUCUCUCCUACAAUCGGUCAACUUGGAGAAUGGCGUGCUCUAUGUGAAGGAAACUGGACAGGACCUAUACCUGAUGACCUUCCCGAUACGACAGACAUGCGUGAGCCAUACCCGACUAAUGAUGCAUAUAAUCGUAGUGUUACAGAAUGGGGUCAGACAAUUAACUCAGGAAGUCAGCACUCACAACAAUCCCUUCCUUUCCCCAUAUCUGGAGGACAGAGUGGUGUUUCAUCGUCGAUAGCACCUGUAUCCCUCGAGAGGCCUCGUCCUGCUUUUAGCAAUGUCGAUCAUACUAAGGACUCAGUCAAUUCAAUUGCCACACUCUCCGCUUUCCCUUCCCCCCCUACCCACUUCCCUAUCCCUCCUGCCCCGAACGAAUCAGAACAGAGUCAGAGAAUGCAGAUACAAAAUUUGCAAGUGCCUAAUGCUACUCUCGCAGGGCAAGCACCUCGUGUCCUAUCCGAAUCCCCGAAACCUAUGGAGGGCUCGUUGUCCGAUGACAUACCUGGCCUUUCCGAAUCCAGAAAGUUACCACCACCACCUCAAGCUACUGCAGUGACGCCUCCUGCCCGGCCGCCCCAAAUAUACUCGGAUAACAAUUUGCCAGAGAAAGUGGACUCAAUGUUGAUAUCUUCAGCAGGCGGAUCAGCUAUACCAGAAGACUCUCCAGUAGUUGAGGAAACGAAAGUACUCAUUCAAUUACGACACAAUACUGUCCAGAAAGUGCCAUCAGGAUCGGGACCUGAUGCCCCUAUAACCCCCAGUUCUACUCAACAGCAAAAGACCGAAUCUCAAUUACCGGAACGUGAUUUUGGCACCGCAAAGGAAAUGGGACACAGUCGUUCACAGCUCAAAAGCAAGAGUGUCGACCUGUCAAAGGCUGGCCUUGAGAGAGCGUCUUCCACGACGAGCAAUGGUAGCAUUGUAGCUGCCAUGCGAAAUCGAUAUGCACGAGUUGCUGGUUCCUCUUCUCCUCCCCCAAAGGAUGUCCCGCGUUUACCUCUAGGCGUUCCUGACUUGGCAUCGCGAUACCAGCCAGCUGAGGGAUCACUAUCACCCCGGCGUGCAGCAGCCUCGCCCACCCACGACCGCCGGCCAACACCAGACUCAUCGCCUCAAGCUCUUAGCUCCGAGUCUCCUGUUAGGUCCAGUCGAGACAAGUCAACAGACGAUGACGAGCUCGUGCGGCGCCGAAGGCGCAUAGAAGAACUGGCCGAACUCGAGUUCCGAGAGAAAGAAUACGAGCUGAGGCAGCGCGAACGCGAUAUUGACCAGAGAGCGCGGGAACUUGAUAGGGAUCGCGCGCAGUUUCUGAAUGGACGUUUAGAAGGUUCCGGCACGAGUGACUCCCCGAAAGGUCCCCGUUCCGCCAAUCCAUAUUCGAAUUCCCGUCAUUCCUACACGACAGCACAUCUCGUCCCGCCUUCAGCCUCUCCUUCGUCCUCCCAUAUCCAGUAUUCACAAUCAUCUCAGUCCAAUUCGCAGUCACAACCACCUUCUCCUCUACCUAUGAAAGAACAUGCGCCAUUCUGUGGGUGCGAUACUUGUUCUGUCACGAAAUACAAGGCUGGAAAUGUAUCUCCAUCCCCCCAUGAUCUCCGUCCGCCCGAACCACCGAUACAGCUCCGUCCAGAGAAACCCAAAGGCUGGAUCAGGCGGCUGAGUAUGCCUGCGGUGAGCGGUGCGUUUUCACUUGACGCGAAGAAGAAUGCAAGUGCUAGUAGUCUGAAGGCAGGUUUACCGAUGCCUGCGGAGAACGGAAGGCUUCGGAAGAGGAGCUUCGACCAGGGAAUCAGUAAUCGCUCUAUCGUGAAUGUGAAACGUCGAUAAUGAUUAUGUGAAACGGGUCUAUUCAAGAAGUCGCUCUUGAUACGUAUACCAACUUUCUUAUUUGGAUCUCAUCAGUUAUAUGUAAUUUCGCAAAUUUUUGCUUUGGUAUUUUUUUGCUUCAAUUUAUCGUAAUCAUAUGCUACUUCAAUCGAGACACUUUCAUGUCUGCAGUGCUACCUCUUCACGCUGGUUUUUAUAUGCUGCUUAUCUAUGAUAUUACAGUACCAUCUGUAUACCUUUGCUACGCAUAAUUUAUUCAGGUUAUACGUAUCU